AUGGACACUUUGGUGAAGAAAGUACCCGAAUUCCGAGAAUCUCGGCUAGCAUCCCUCUUCUCGGAUUUCGCUGACCUCAAGGAGAUCAAUCCCGAAGGCUACGCCGCCAAUGUCGACGCGUGGGCAGCGUUGCUAUCUGAGGCCAUCAAGAGCCACCUUUUUAAGUCAUCGGUCUCUGUUCCCACAGCAAAGCUCGCUCAGGACCUCAGCUACGCAAAGUAUGGAGAGCCCAAAUCGUUGGCUCUUGUCCUCGAAGAGCUUGUUCGUUCCAAGAAAUUUAUACCUUUCUCUAUAUACAAAGAUACCUCGCCAUAUGGUACCCGCCACCUUGCCGACUACAUAUCACCGAUGAAGUGGCUCCUGGCAACAUGGGCAGUGAUGAAGCUCUCAUCUUUCAAAGCCAGCAACAGGAGUGGGCACUUGGCACCUGAGACAUACAUUCAUAUAGACAACUUGGCUGUGGUUGGUGAUGACAUCAUCAAGCAAGUUCAGCUGAGAUUAGAUAAAGAAGGUGUUUACUCGAGCAAAUUGCUUGACGGCGACAUGUUUGCUUCGUUAGUGAGAGAGGUUCAUGAUCACAUUAGUGACACAGAUCUCGAAGUUCUCCAGACGUACAUAUCUCGAGAUGCCGGUAAAAUGACCAUAGUGAAGCAGAACAGCAAGUCUGAUAAGACGUACAUUAAAUUCGGCACUAGCAACGCGGAGAUCUCCGAGGAAGACAUCGCGAUACUUAAGUUGAAGUCCAGCAUCCAUACUAUGGCACAGCGCAUCUCAUUGUUGGAGCACAGAUUAGAUGAGGAGAUUCCUCAGCGUAUACAAAAGCUCCUCAAAGUAAAGGACUCCUCGCGUGAAGAGAGACUACGAAGUGUGCUAAUUCAAAAAGCUCAAGUGAAAAAAUCUCUCCUGAAGUGCCAAAAGGUUUCCAAUCAGCUUGUAACCGUAUUAGAGGCGAUCAAUGACGCCCAGGGCAACGUUUCGUUGUUUGAAACGCUACAGUCAACAAAAGCGACGUUGCAGUCUUUGAACGAGAAGGUUUCUAUUGACGAGCUUGACACCCUUCAAGGUGAAAUUGAUGAGGAAAUUGCCUCUACCAACGCAGUGUCCGAUGCUUUGCUCGUUUCUAGAGAUGGCAUUGACGAGGAUGAAAUUGAUGAUGAACUUGAGAAGCUAGAAGCCGAAGAAAGAGACAGAGCUGAAGAAGGAAUUCUGGAAAAGCUGACUUCAGAAGAGCUCCAAAAGAAAUUGGAGGAUUUGAAGAUUCAGGAUACCUCUCCGCCCAAGCAACCCGAGGAUUCCAAGGAGAAAUCCAAAUCUCCUGAAUUAUUGCAUAGCUAA